ACUGCAGUACAUCCAUCACAUCGAGCCUCUCACAACGCCGCCAAAAUACCGCCAUAAUGCCACGAGCGAAGUGGAUUGAUAAGAAGACUGCGACUCAUUUUACUCUAGUCCAUCGACCUCAAAAUGACCCUCUUAUCCACGAUCCGUCGGCCUCAUCAAUGGUCCUCAAUCCCACACCCUUACCGAACUCCAAUAAAAUAAAAAAGCUUGACGAUUUGGCUUCUGAAUUGGGAUCUGACGUAGAGAAAGUCAGAGAUAAUGAGGGAGAAGCUGCAAAUUAUGGGAUUUACUACGAUGAUACCGAAUAUGAUUACAUGCAACACAUGAGGGAUCUGGGGACUGGCUCAGGAGAGGCAUACUUUGUAGAGGCGUCUGCGCCUAAAAACAAGGACAAAGGUAAAGCGAAGCAAUCCUUAGAGGAUGCUUUAAGGGAAGCAAGCUUGGAAGACCGGGCCAAGGUGCUGUUGGAUGAGGAAAUAUUACCAUCGAAGAAUCUGCGCCGAACCACGUACCAAGCGCAACAAGAUGUGCCAGAUGCCUUAGCAGGGUUUCAACCCGAUAUGGAUCCAAGGCUACGGGAGGUACUUGAGGCCCUAGAGGAUGAUGCUUACGUCGAUGACGACGAUGAGAUCUUCGGAGAGUUAGCGAAGGAUGGAGAAGAAGUUGAUGAAGGCGAGUUUGGCCAAGAUGCUUGGGAGGACGAGGACGAGGGGUGGGAAUCAGAUGCCACAGCAAAACCCACAAAGGAGUACAAAGAUGCCCCUGCAUCAACUACCGAUAUUGAGGGCGAUGACCGUGAGGACCAUGGAGAUGGUGAUUGGAUGGCCAACUUCAGCAGAUUCAAGAAGGAUCAAAAAUCCAAAUUGACACCUAUCGCACCUUCACAGUCGGAUUUACAAUCUUCAAUCAUGACUACCACCACAAAUGGUGGGAGACGGAAGAAGCGGAAGGGUGCCUUGACAAACCCAUCUGCCUAUUCGAUGACAUCGUCUUCCAUGUUUCGAACUGAGGGUCUCACCGACUUAGACGCAAGAUUUGAGAAGCUCGAGGAGAGGUAUAAUGAAGAUAUGGAUGAUAUGGACGACAUGGCCUCAGUUUCUGUUGCAUCGUCGACUGCUUCAAGCGUGCAAGGUCCCGUCAGGGGUGAUUUUGACAGUAUUAUGGAUGAUUUCUUAGGCAACUACUCUAGGAGUGGCAAGAAGCACGUCAAGAAAGGAAGAUACCAAAGCGGGAUGGAACAACUGGAUGAAGUCCGGAAGGGACUAGGACCUGCACGAAUUCGGCCACAAAAAGCAUGAUGGUAUUUGGAAACAAGUUGGUUUCUGAUAUCAAGGCGUUCUGAAGGAUACCAUUAGACAGGAUUGGGUUCGGCAUAAAUGAUACCUUCUGAUUGCGUAGGUAAAAUCAAGUGCUAUAGGCAAUGAAUUAUUCUAAUCUCUCCGG